AUGCUUCUUCAGGUAAACAAAAAGCAUGGAGGGGAGACUUGGCUAGUGCUGAAACCAUGGAGACUACAUUUAGUCAGAAUCGUAAGAUGGAAUGUGGGAGGAUGUAGCAGACAUUCAAAUGAAACACAGCUAGGUAAUUUGCAGGUUUCAUCCAUCAUGUGUGCCUUUUCCCCCCAGCAGCCACAGAUGCAACCUGAAACCUGCAACUAUAGAAUUUUAUUUAAUGUGCUUUAUAUACCGCUUAAUCAUCAAAACCUCAUUGAAUCAUGGAACUGUUGCAUUGGGAGCGUUCCCAAAGUCAUCUAG